CCCGACUUCCUUGCCGGCAGCACGACGUUCCUCGCCACCAUGGACGAUGUCUCCCGCGUCAUCCGUCUGCCUCCUUAUCAGUACUUGCAUGUCCUGGACACGAACAUCAACGUGACGCGCGUCCUGUCGGGACCGCAGACGUACACUAGGCAGGACCACGAGAAGAUCGUGGCCGGACCGUUCCCCAUGCUCAUUGUGCCGACGCAAAGCUUCGUCGUGAUCGAGAACCCCGUCUUGAAGGACACGUCAGGAAAUGUCGUGGUCGAUCAAUACGGCCAAGCCAAACUGCGCCACGGCGAGCGCGAGAUUCGCAUUGCAACGGCGUACCCCGACCCAUUUCCUCUCUACUUUGGCGAAGUCCAAGCCGGCGCCGUCAACAAACUCACGGUCCUUGACGCCAACUCGGCGCUGCGCCUGCGUGCGAAUCGAGACUUUGACGCGCACGUCGCGGGCGACGAAUGGCAGUUUGCAGGACCGGCCACGUACAUCCCUCGCGUCGAGGAGGACGUGAUUGGAUCGAUCACGGCGACCGUCGUCAAGACGAACGAAGCGUUGAAGCUUCGUGCCGAGAAAAAGUGUGUCGAUUGCUUUGGCAAUGCGCGCGAGGCGGGCGAGGAGUGGCUUGUGCGAAGCCCGGGCAUGUACUUACCUCGCGUCGACGAACGCAUCGUUGGCAUCGUGCAUGCCACCAUCUUGACGGACAAAACGUCGCUGUAUCUGCGGGCAUUGCGCACAUUCAAGGACGUGUACGGCAUCCAGCGAAAGGCGGGCGAAGAAUGGCUCGUGUCGGCGAAAAUGGCCGAGACACAUGUGCAGGACGUCCAUGAAGCCAUUGUGGGCACGGUCCAGAUCACGACAUUGACAAAUCGCCAGUACUGCGUCGUGGUGGACCCGGUCGUGAACGGCGUCCCAAUGCUCGGGACGCGCGAGUUGCGCAAGGGCGAAGCGAGCUUUUUCCUCCAGCCCGGCGAAUCCUUGGAAGGCGCGGGCAUCCAGGACGUAUGCCUGCUGGCCGACGACGAAGCGGUGCUGUUGCAAGCGAACGAGCGCUUUGUCGACGAAAAGCCCGACGGCACGACCGACGUCCGCGAUGCCGGGGUCAAAUGGAUGGUCUAUGGUCCGUGCGAAUACAUUCCGCCGAUUUCGGUCAAGGUCGUGGAAAUUCGCCAGGCGAUCCCCCUCGACAAGAACGAAGGCAUUUACGUCCGCGACACCAAGUCUGGGAAUGUGCGCGCUGUCACGGGCGCGACGUACAUGCUGCAGCCGACGGAGGAGCUGUGGCCCAAGCCCAUGGGCGACGAAAUCGAAGACCUGCUCCAGAUGGACUCGUACGUAGACGACGCGGCGCCCGUCGCCAAGGCCACCCGCGACCCCACGCGCGUCGUUACGUUUGAAGUGCCGCACAACACGGCGAUGCAAGUGUACGACUACUCGUCGACGAGGUCCCGCAUCAUGUUUGGCCCGACCCUCGUCAUGCUGAGUCCCGAAGAACAAUUUACCGUGAUCAAGCUGUCGGGGAAUGUCCCGAAGACGCCCAAGGCGAUCAAGACGCUGUGCUUGCAGCUUGGCCCGGACUUUAUGCGCGACCAGAUCACGGUCGAGACAUCAGAUCACGCGAGGCUGCGCCUCACGAUCGCGUACAAUUGGCACUUUGACGUUGGGAACCGGGAUCAAGCGACGGCGGCGCGCCUCUUUUCGGUCCGGGACUUUGUCGGUGACGCAUGCAAGACACUGGCGUCGCGAAUUCGCGGGGCGGUGGCAGUCGAAACAUUUGAUCAUUUUCACAAACACAGCGCUCAAAUCAUUCGGACCGCGAUCUUUGGCAUCGACUCGACAACGGGCAAACUCAAACCGCAUUUGAUCUUUCCGGCCAACAACUUGUGCAUCACGAACGUUGACAUUCAGUCGGCCGAGCCCGUCGAUGCGCAGACGCGCGACAGUUUGCAAAAGUCGGUGCAGCUCGCGAUUGAGAUCACGACCCAGUCGCAGGAAGCCAAGGCAAAAGCGAUUGCGAUGAAGGACGAGGAAGAAGCCAAGGGGUUGCUGGUCACCCAGCAGUUGGAGAAUCAAACCAACGCUGAAAAGGCCCGCAAGCAACUUGUGGAACUGACCGCCCAGUGCGCGGCGGUCGAAGCGGAAGGGGUCGCCGUCGCUCAGGCCAAAGCUCGAGCGCAAGCCGCGGAAAUUGAGGCGGAAGCGGCCGUCAAACAAGCCAAGUUGCGUGUCGAAGCGCAGAAAAUUGAGCACGACGGCAUCAUGUGGCGGCGCAAGCAAGAACAUGAACUCGAAGUGCUGCACGCCAAGCAAAUGGCCGAGCUCGAGCUCGCCAAGAAGAAGGAGUUGAUCGCGAUGGAGGCUGAACAGUUCAAGCGCAUGAUCGACGCGAUCGGGCAAGACACGAUGGUCGCAAUGGCCCGAGUUGGCCCCGACGCCCAAGUGAAGCUGCUCCAGGCGCUUGGGCUGCAAGGCUACCUCGUCACGGACGGGAAAAGCCCAGUCAACUUGCUCACGACGGCUCAAGAUAUGAUUAAAAACAUCACGGAGACCAAGGACUGAUGGCACAGUGUGGCUUAAUCUUGUGAAUAUGGAGCGUGCGUGUGGAUGUUGAAUUCCCACAGAGCGCCG